AUGUUUAAGAAAAGAGUAAUCAAGGGUGAAGCUCCUUCUGCCAAGCGGAAACUCCUAUCCGAUUCUGAGGAUGAGAUUGGUGGAAUAAUCGAGAACAAGGCACCAUCUUCUUCCGGAUCCCAUUUCAAGAAGAGAUCAAAAGUUCCCACCAAGAUCUUGAGCAAAGAAGUAAACCACGGCACUACAGAAAAGGAGGAUAUUUCUAAGGGUGUGGAAGAGAUCGGCUCUGACAAGAAAGACGAGAAUGCAUCUUUGGAACCGAAAGUUGCAAAAUCACAAGGCGCAAAACCGGCACCUGCCAAUAUAAAGACUUUGACCUUGACAGAUUUUCAACCUGACGUGUGUAAAGACUUUCUCCAGACAGGUUACUGUGGGUAUGGUGAUACCUGUAAGUUUCUCCAUGUGCGUGAUGAGCUGAAGCAGACAAAACCGGUGAACAAAGAGUGGCAAACUGUGGUUUCUGGCAUGGCACCCAAAACAGGCUCCGACGAAGAACUCUUGCCAUUCAAGUGUGUCUUGUGCAAGAAGGACUACAAGGGCCCUGUGAAAACACAGUGUGGCCACAUUUUUUGCAAAACCUGUUUUCUCGACAGGUACAAGAAGAAGCUGACAUGCUUCUUGUGCUCGAAAGAGACCAAUGGUAUAAUUGUGCCUGUCGCCAAGAAAGAGUUAUCCAGGCUAACGGGAGUGGAAACUUCCUAG